ACCACAAAGGCUCUCUCUCAUCCGUAGACACAUUCAAAGCCCUGACCUAACCCUAACGUAGCAAGAAAGUCUCCAAUUCUCUCCGUCGAACCAUGGGCGAAGACCUCUCCACGAUCGAAUUUUCCUCCAAGGAUGAGACAGUUGUCUUCUGGAACUUGGAGGAUUAUCCAAUCCCUAGAGGUGCCAGUCUUGAUUUGAUUUAUCCUAAUAUCGAAUCAGCUCUCCAUAAAAUGGGUUUUCAUGGUCAUCUGUCAAUCAUGGCCUUUGGUGACAAAUUGUACCACGACAUAGAUGCCUUGUCCAUGGCCAAUAUCGCAUACGAUCCUGAAGUUUCACCGGGUGAUGAUUCGUGUGUUUGGAGGAUGACUGCAGAGAUUGUUUCUUUCUUAGCAGUGAGCUUUCCCAUGAAUUAUAUGGUUGUCGCAAAACAACACCCUGAGUUGUACAGGGUUCUUCAUUGUUUGAAAUCGAGGAAUCAAAUUGUUCUCUUGUUAGAGCCUCCUGGAGACACCGCACAACAAGAUACUCUAUUUCCUUGUGUAGACUCAGUUGUUGAUUGUACCAACGUUUUUGGUGGAGGAAAGCCUAUACACGCACUACGAGAUAAUCGUGUCUACUGUUAUUUAUGUGGUUAGUGUAUGAAAACAUUCAUGUUUCAUAAUUUGCAGUUUUUAUUCCUUUCCACCAAAUGCUUUUUUACCAAGAAUAAAUAUAUAUUUAGUUUUAACCACUUGCUUGGUUAAGCAGUGAGAGGGGUGGUUAAAUGUAUGAGUAAUUGGUGAGAGAGAAAGAGAUAGGAAGGGGAAACAAAACAGCUUCUUCAAAGUGAGACCUAAUGUAGAGUUUUACAAUUUU